GUCUGUGCUGAAACGGGUUAGAAUUGAACUCACAGAGAGAGAGAGAGACACACAGCCGUUUGCUGACAGUGUGUUCCACAGAGUGCUGUAGCCCGUCUAAAGAUCGGUGUCCAGAGCUGAACCGAACAUUCUGGGGCUGUGUAAACACUGAUACGUGUUUAUAACACAGACGGAUCAAGGACAUACCUCCUUUUCUGAAGCGUGAACAUAUCUGCGACUGUGUUGAAUCUUUGAGUUCGAAAUGGCCACUUCAAAGGAAACCAAACUAUGGGGUGGAAGAUUUGUAGGAACCAUUGAUCCGAUUAUGGAGAAGUUUAAUUCCUCCAUAUCUUAUGAUAAGCGAAUGUGGGCUGAAGAUAUUAAAGGAAGCAAAGCCUACGUAAAGGCUUUAGAAAAAGCUGGAUUGGUAACAAAAACGGAAAUGGAUCAAAUUCUAAAUGGAUUGGACAAGAUUUAUGAAGAAUGGCUAAAUGAAACUUUCCAGAUUAAAGAAGGAGAUGAAGACAUUCAUACAGCCCAUGAACGAAGACUAAAGGAAUUGAUUGGAGAAGCUGGAGGAAAAUUGCAUACUGGUCGAAGCAGGAAUGACCAGGUAGUAACUGAUAUGAGAUUAUGGCUACGAGAUAAUAUCUCCAUUCUGAUGGAUCACUUGCUGCAGUUGAUUAAAACAAUGGUUGAAAGGGCUGCUGUGGAAAUUGAUAUCCUUUUUCCUGGAUACACUCAUAUGCAAAGAGCACAGCCAAUUCGAUGGAGUCACUGGAUUCUGAGCCAUGCUGUUGCCUUGUCUCGUGAUGCCGAGAGACUUGAGGAAAUUAGGAAAAGAACCAAUGUCCUGCCAUUGGGAAGUGGUGCUAUUGCUGGAAAUCCAUUUCCGAUUGACAGAGAAUUCCUUUCUAAGGAGUUGCAGUUCGAUGCCAUCAGUUUGAACAGCAUGGACGCAACCAGUGGACGAGACUUUGUUUGUGAGAUUCUAUUCUGGUGUUCCUUGUGUUUGAUACACUUGAGCAAAGUAUCUGAGGACCUCAUCAUUUACAGCACCAAAGAAUUUGGAUUCAUAACCUUGUCUGAUGCCUAUAGCACUGGGAGUAGCCUGAUGCCCCAGAAGAAGAAUGCGGACAGCCUGGAACUGAUUCGAGGCAAGGCAGGUCGUGUGUUUGGACGGUGCUCUGGAUUUUUAAUGAAUCUUAAAGGUCUGCCAAGCACAUACAAUAAGGACUUGCAGGAAGACAAGGAGGCAAUGUUUGAAGCCAUUGAUGCAGUCACUGCAGUACUGCAAGUAGCAUCAGGUGUAUUCUCUACACUAAAGGUUCAUGAAGACGCCAUGAAGAAGGCUUUGAGCUCAGACGUGCUAGCUACUGACCUGGCCUAUUACUUAGUUCGAAAGAAAAUGCCAUUUAGAGAUGCUCACAGUGCUUCUGGAAGAGCUGUCUAUUUGGCAGAAAAGAAAGGUAUUGAAGUAAAAGAUCUGUCCUUGGCUGAUUUGAAGACCAUUAGCCCUCUGUUUGAGACCGAUGUGUCAAAGGUAUGGAGUUACGAGAACAGCGUGGAGCAGUAUGCAGCAGCCGGAGGCACUGCACGCAGUAGUGUGACUUCGCAGAUCGAGCAACUGAGAGCUUGGCUAAAAAGAAGACAGAGCACUUAAAGUUGUCUGCUCACGUUUAUGCUGGCAGUAGAUGACUUGAUCAUCCAAGAAAUUUGUAUCAGAUGUACAUCAAAUCUUUCCAGCUAUUAAAUAUGGGCAAAGUUCUACUGGGGGAGAAACUGCUGCUAAACAGCAAAUGUUUUUGAUUAAGGUGAUAUUGGGCUGGCAAGUUGCUGUGGCCUUAGUAUCAAAUUGAGUAUUGAUAAUUGACAAUGGAUUGAGCUGAAAUCUACACUUAAACUGGGGAAUGUUUAUAUUGAUAAAGAUUAGACCAUGCUACUGUAUUCUAGUAUCAUUCAUAAUUGAUCUCUAAGAUAAAAGCUUCCUCAAAAUAAAACUUGAUGGGAUAG